UCCUCCCAUUACCUCAUCGUCAACUUAUCAUUUCUCUGAAAGGAACCACUUUUUCCACUGUUGCUGUGAAGACCACCCCCUAUACCAUCCUCCUGGCACAUGUUUUGCCUUUUAUUAUAUAAAGGACCGACAUGCAUAUUCAGUCACACACAGCUUGAGCAGGCAGUAAGAAACAAAAUGUUUAUGUUGAGCAUUUGUUUCAUUGCUGGGCUUCUGCUGUCCCACCUUCAGUGCAGUUCUCAGUCAUGCACAGUGGGGACAGCAGACCAGUGCAAAGAAGCAGACUUUGCUCCAGGUGUCGACUUGGCAGGGGAAGGCUUUGACAUCACUACAAUGCAACGCAAGGGUGCCUUUGUAAUUGACAUGAAACUUUGGAGGCAAAAGAAGGGGACAUGCACCCUGUGUAAAAAUCCCUAUGUUGAGGGCCAGAACCAGAAGCUUCCUCUCUCAGUAGAGGACUGGAGACCGAGUCAGAGUUGCAGUAUGAAAGUGUCCAGUAAACUCCAUAGGUCCAGUGAGUCUCUUGUCAGUUCCAGCACCUCUUCGGUGGAAAACAACUGGGGUACCAAUCUAGAAAUUGAUCUAAUGAAGUUUAAAGGAUCGUUGAUGUUGGCUGGCACUCACUCCAAACUGGCUGAGUACUCCAUGGAAAAAACCAAGAAUGACAAAUUUAACUUCGUAACCCACAGUAUAUCCUGUAGCUACUACAGCUGUCGCGUGACUGGCACUCCCAAGUUGCAUAGAGACUUCAGAAAAGCAGUGAACUCUCUUCCAAAAUGCUAUAACCAGCAAUCCAAGAAACAGUACUACUCUCUGAUUGACAGCUAUGGUACUCAUUACAUCACCAAGGUGAAGCUUGGAGGAAGUGUGACGUCUGUGACCAGCAUCAGACAGUGCCAGGUCAGACUGCAGGGCUAUAGCACUGAUGAGGUUGAGAUGUGUCUUCAGACGGAGGCGUCUGCCAGCAUAGGUAACAACAAAAUGAAAGUAGAAUCCAAGCACUGCGAUCGGGACAAAAGCAAGAUGGAAAGUAAAGAGAGCUUCUCCAGUCUCUUCAAUGACAGGUUCACCGAAAUAAUGGGUGGCAAAACCACAGAGCCAGAGCUUCUAUUCUCUAGUGACAAAGAUCCAUCUGCCUACAAAGAGUGGCUGAAUACACUGCCUCAGCUUCCAGGCAUAGUCUCAUAUUCUCUUGCGUCUCUCCAUGAGUUGUUGCCCAUCAAAAACCCAUUUCAGGGGAACCUACGCACUGCCAUUAGCCACUACAUCUUAGAGAGGGCCUUGUGGCAGAACUGCACUAAGCCCUGUCGUGCCGGUGCCAAGCAUAACCAGAUGGAGCCAUGCACCUGCAGCUGCCAGAACGACCCAGCUGUAGACACCGACUGCUGCCCAACUCGCAAAGGCAUGGCCCGAGUGAUCAUUACUGUACAAAGGGCAGAAGGGUUAUGGGGAGACCAUACCACAGCCACAGAUGGCUAUGUGAAGAUAUUCUUUAACGGGAACAUGAUGAGCCGUACCCCUGUCAUUUACAACAACAACAACCCCCGGUGGUCCAUCGACCUUGACCUGGGCCCCAGAGAUUUGUCAAAGGUGAAUACAGUAAUAUUUGAGGUGUGGGAUGAGGACAACAAAUGGAACGAUGACCUGCUGGGAAAAUGUCAGAAAACCCUGACCUCCGGAGUGAAGGAAGAUGUCUGUAACCUCCAGUACGGCCGGCUCUUCUACAAAUGGGAUGUGCGAUGCGCUCCCAGUUUGAGAGGAGAGGACUGUACACAGUAUAUACCUUCUCCAGUGAGUCAACAGCUCCAGAAGUUGUACACGUCACGUCAUUCCCACCCUGUUCCAAAGGCCAUGCUGCUGAAGAUGGGCGUGUUGGUGGAUGGGACCAACCUACAGAGCAAUCAGACUUUUAUUACCCAGAGUCAGCAUUGUGGUGGGAUGUGAGAGUAUCCCGGAAAAAACAGCUGCAUGCUCAUCCAAUGGCACAUACAGUAUGGGCCAAUAUCUCAGUUAAAGCUACAUUCAAUAAAUUGUUCAAAUAGUUUGCAAAAUAAUAGGCUGAAGAAUGAAAACCAUCAAAACAAGAGAGACGUUCUGAUGGUGAAUGUUUUUCUAAAGAGAGUGCCAAAGGAGAUGUGCAUCCAAAAAAAAGCCUUGUUCAAAGAGAACGGUAUUAUUCAAGUCAAUUAAAUUGCUUCUUAUGAAAAGGAGAUUUUAUUAAUCUUAUGCGAUAAGCCUGUGUUAUACGCUUCUUCUACUACAUAUGCCUGUUUGAGUGUAGUCGUAAUGAGGACAAUAAUAAUACUCCCUAAAAUUAGUGAUGGUUUUUUUUAAAACCUGAGUGUUGCAAGGUUUGUUUGUUUGUUUCCUCUUUUUUAAAAAUCGUGUGUAUCUUUAAGAACAGCUCUUUAAAUUUUUAAGAACAGUUUUCUCAGUGGCAUGUUAUUGAACUGUAAUAAUUGUACAACUGCUUUCAGAUAUUUUAUUCUUUUCCUUCUGGUUAUGACUUUUUUCACGAAGUUGUGCCUCGUUGUGUAGCUGUUGGUUUUGUUCUGUUGUCACACGUUCCUUGGGCAGGAUUACUCAGCAGAGAAGAGGAAGUGGUAGAAUUUCCUGUGUGCCUAUGAAGCCUUCACAGCACACAACACCGUGUGCAAGCAGACUGCUCGGCGCGAGAAUUGUCAUGUAAAAUAGCUGGAUUUACAAAGCUGUGUCCAGUGUUGUAGAAUGAAUAAUAUAUUUGCU